AUGUCGAGGAUUUUUUUGAAGGAUAAGGAUAUUGAAGGAUUUUUAGAAGAAAUGUUUGAUAUUCCUGAUGAUAGUAACUCGGAAGACGACUUAGAAUCGGAAGGAGAACCAGAGUUGAAUUUGGAAACUUUGCAAAAUCUUUUAGAAGAUGAUUCCCAAAGCCAAGAAAAUCAAAAUAUGCCUGAUACGAGUUCGAAUGUCUCUAUUGAGACUUUUCAUAAUUCACAGAGAGAUGAAUCUGAAGCUGAGAUUAGUAUACUUGAAGAGUUAGAAGAAGAUUCAGAUGAAUCUGAACCAGACGAAAAUGGAAAUUGGUGUAAAAGUUUAUGGGUCAGUCGACCUGAACCAGAAGAAUUUGACCGUGUCAAAACAGUGCCUGUGUAUUUAUUGAACAGCAGAGCUCGUCCUUUGGCACACUUUGAGAAAUUUUUCAAUGAAUAUGUGUAUGAUCUUAUUGUUGCACAGACAAAUCUCUACGCUGAACAAAAUAAACUACUGCAUUGGGAGCCGGUUACUAAACCCGAAAUUAAAGCAUUUCUUGGCAUUUUGAUUACCAUUGGGUAUAUUAUUUUACCUCACAUAAAUUUAUAUUGGUCUAGUGAUCCAGGGUUUAGAAUCGAUGAAGUGGCCAAUGUCGUGCCAAUAAAACGAUUCAAAAAAAUACUGCAAGUGCUACAUCUGAAUGACAAUUCCCUAGAACCUAAAAAAAGGAACCGCAGGCCAUGA